AUGUCACCAGGGACAGAGACAGACCUAGACAACAUGUUCCUAGUGCAAACGGCCUCAAACGAUUGUGAAGAGCUGUAUAGAAUGGACGUCCUUGGACUUGAAGACGCACCUAGUGGUGAUCAAAGCGUUGUCUACGCAGAGUUUCGUAAACAGCUUAGAUGCAGUCCUGAUGGGUGGUAUGAAGCACAGCUUCCUUGGAAAGGAGACCACCCUCCCCUACCUUCGAAUGAAUCUGGGAGCUUGAAACGCCUGGGAAGUCUAGUACAACGUCUAAAGAAAACAGGCCGUCUGGACAAAUACGAUGCGAUAAUCCAGGACCAACUGCGCGAAGGAAUUGUGGAAGAGGCAGACAUGCCAGCCAGUGGGAAAGAAUUUUACAUACCCCACAGAGCCGUGGUGAGGGAGAAUGUAGAGUCGACCAAGAUGCGGGUAGUCUAUGAUGCCUCAGCCAAAGCCCAUAGCUCUGCACCCUCACUAAAUGACUGCUUGGAGGUUGGACCACUGCUCCAAAAUAAACUUUGGAAGGUUCUAGUGCGGGGAAGAUUCCAUCCUGUGGCUCUUGCUGGUGAUAUUCACAAAGCCUUUCUCCAAUGUGUGGAAGAGAUUGAGCGUGAGCUAUAUGUGGAUGACAUAUUAUCUGAUGGACCUACUACUGAAGAAGUGAAACAGAAGAAAGCCACAACAACUGAGAUAUUUGCCCAAGCUACUUUCCAUUUGCACAAGUGGCACUCGAACGUGAAAGAGCUGGAACUGGAUGAUGUACCCGAAGACAAUGCAAAAGAACUGGAGCUGGUUACAGUGAAUGAGCACGAAGACAACUUAGCUACGCGAAGCAACAGCUGGGUGUUCAAUCUAGACAGUGUGGACUCCUGGGAUUGA